GGAGAAAGGCAGCUCGGUUAUCUCUAAUGGUUACACCCUGAAGCAGCCUGUUGAGGCACACAAACAGGAGAGGCAAGGGAAGGAGACUCUUGUUGAGGAACUAGAUGGGAUAGAUGAGGAUUUGAGGUCACUGGAGGAGCCACCAGGCUGGCUUCCUGAUGGUUGGAUCAUGGAGGUCUGUCGUGACGAUGGUGGCUCCAUCUACCGGUGCUACACUUCCCCUGUGUCCGGAUGCACAUUCACAUCAAAGAUGGAGACAUUGGAUUAUCUUUUCUCAGGGAUGGAAGAACGUAUGUUGGAGUCUCAGGAAAGUGCUGAGGACAACGAGCUUCUUGGUUCUCAUACAUGGCUUCCAGGUGGGUGGUUGAUUGAGGUCAGAGCUGGUGGGAAGAAAAUGAAUAAAAUGUACAAGUUCUAUUUUCACCCGCCUACUGGAAUGCGAUUCUUGUCAAAAGCAGAAGUAUUGCACUAUGUUAAUGAGGGGAAGAUUUCUGCAUCCGAUAUGGAUGUGCUGUGCGACACAAGAACUGAUGACAAUAUACUUGCACAUGUGGAAUUCAAUCCAGAUGGUCUACCAGAUGGAUGGGUGAAAGAAACGAUAUUUAGAAAUUGCAAUGAUGGAAUCAGAAAAGACCCGUAUUACACAGAUCCCAUUAGUCGUCGUGUAUUUCGUACGCUUAAGUCUGUAUUGAGCUACCUUGGCACUGGAGAAAUAUCUAAGCAUGCCUACUUGCCAAGGAGAAAUGUCAUUGACAUGUAUUCAUUUGACAAGUGUGUAGAUCUGCCCCAAAGUAUGCUGAAAAGACUAAGAGCAGAAGGACAAACGAAGCAAAAAUCGAGGAGAGCACUGGUCUUGUACAAGGAAUUACCGAAUAACCAGACUUCAAAUCACUCUGAAGGUGGCACCUCUGCUGGAUUAACUCCCAAGUCUGAUUUGAAAAGAAAUAAGUUUGGCACUGAGAAAGCUACAGCCACAAAUGAAAAUGGAUCAGAGACUACCAAACGACGAAGAGGAAGGCCAAAGAAAAUCUUGAAGCAAACGAAUGAAAGCAUUUCAGAUUGUGACAAGAGACAUAAGGAGGCAAAGCACAAUGAGGUGAAAGAGGAAGUGGAUAUUUGUGAUGAGGAAGACAUGCCGAAUGGGAAGACUAAAAAGCAUACUGAGAUGCAGAAGCGCACUCCAGUAAUCCAGGAAGUGGGAAACAACAAUAAUAUAGCAGAAAGUAACUCGUUGAAGAGGAAGGAAAACAGAUCUGAUUUGGUGGCCAGCCCGGGUUUGCAAAACCAAGAGAAUGGUAGAUCGACUGAAGCUGGUAAGAAGGCAACAUGCUCCUCAGUUCACAAAUUUUACAAGAGGAGAUGUAGCAACCAGACAGUCAGCUCGAAUAAAGGAUAAAUUAGAUCAAGUUGCUGGUGAGUUUCGAUCCUGUCUCCAUACGAUCAAAGCAGAGGGUAGGUCAGAUGCAAAUAACCAAUCCCUUGAAAAUUCCAAGAACUGAAGGCAUAUAUUGAAAAGAAUCAAGUAGGCCCUUCUUCAGGGAACAAAAUUGCAACCGAAGCUUAUCUGUGUCCAGCUUUUCCUCUUUUCCUUUCAUUUAUUUAUGCCCUUAUGCAAGCUUGCAGUCGAUGUGGAGGGUGUGAAGCGGAAAUAAAUCAAAUAAUCAAUUUGAUUCUUGUAUCAGGGGAACUGAUACUGCUUGAAGCAAGCAGGAUGUUAAGAAUUGAUAGCAGGGACAUCAAACAAAUUAAAUGCAAGAAGUUCCUCAUUGGCCUGAGGCA